UUUAUUUAUUGCUGUUACUUUUUAGCAAUAUUCCACAUGUACAAUAGUUUUUGGGGAUAAUCUUGCUUUAGGGUUAUUGUGUCAUAAAUGUGGAAUAAAUUAGAUUCAGUAUUGUAGUUUAUCAUUUAUAUUUCCUUCAGAAACAUAUACUUCAAAAUUUGUUAUCAGGAAAGGUGGACUACCACAUUAUCUAAUCUACGUGGGUACACUGUCUAGUUCUGUAGAACAGUUACAUACAUACAUACAUACUUACUUACUUACUUAUAUACAUACAUACUUACUUACAUACUUACAUACUUAGAUACUUACAUAGUUCUGUUUUGGUUCUGCAGACUGGAAGUGUGGCCAGACCAGACUGGACUUUUCUUCACUGUCUCCCGAGGAAACCUGAAGAGGUGGAUGACCAGGUGUUCUAUUCACCUCGCUCUCUGGUGUUUUCUGAAGCCGAGAACAGGAAGUGGACCAUUAUGGGUCUGAUGGUUUCACUUCUGACCGACUACUCCCCAAAAACGCCAAUGAUGAAAUUUUAAGCUUGUGACUUCUUUAUGCUAUAUUACAUUUUCAUAACAACGCUAAAGACGACUGCCAUGCCCAGUUUUUAUCAAAUUAACUUGAAGAAUUGUGAUGUGAAUUGAGUUUUAAUCAAGACCGAGAUUCAGUCAUGUCCACUUGAUAAAUUGCUGUGACAUCAUGCUGGGGGUGUUCUACAUCUAUCUGUAGCUAUAUGUUCAGCAGUUACCAUGGUGACACAAGGCACACAUUAGCAAACACUGAGAGAAAAGGUUUUUAAAAUAAUCUGAAAAGUAAAGAAAAAACACUGAAUACAUUCAAAUAGCACAUUUUUAGGAGCCUGUGAUCAGAACAAGUGUUUACGAGGUUUAGGGGUUUGGUGUUCAACAAAAAAGGUCAGAAUAAUGAACUGAAAAACUGUUGGCUAAUGGCUAAUAAUAAACUCUAAUGUUAUUUGAGAGGAACUUAUUUAACAGAAUAAAUCAGGUCGCCUGUUACAGUUUCAGUUAAAUCAGUUCUUUAUGGUAAGAUUGUAUUAAAAUAAAGCUCAAAUUAAACUUUAACAAGCCUCAGAGAGAGCAGUGCUUACAGUUACCGUCACAACCCCAAUAAAAGUGAGUGAAAGCUUGUAACGUAGUUUGGAGCAGAGUUCAGACUUUGGAGGAAGAAAUUAAACUAUUUUUUUGUGUUAAAGACAAUUAAGUAAAAUCUUUAUUGUUCAUGUUCAUGGAAUUAAUACUGAGAACCAUUUUUAUUUUGUUUUUUAAAAAGAAAAUAAAAAUAAUUAGAAAUCAAGGUCAAUUGAUAUGAGGAUUUUUAUUAUUUUGUACCAUAUCGCCAAGCCUGAGUUGAACUAAAGUCAGCUAGGGGUAUCUGUCCUGUCACCUCACUUAUUUUGAUGUUGUAAUGCCCAGCCCGUACCACAGCCACAGGUAAUGAAGCUGGCUACUUGAUCUCUUUAAUGUUUUAUGGACAAGUUGUUGGUUAUAACAAGAGUUGAACACAAAAACUGGCUAUUUCAGAGCUUAAGGCCCAAUUAUGCACAUCAUUUUUGUUUUUAUAUAAUAGUUUUUAAGUACAGCUUAUAAAAAUCCUCUAAAACGUGACUAUAUAAAUAUAUUUUAAUUAACUACAGACAUAUAGCGCCCUCUCGUGGACCACGGUGCUUCCUGCUCUCUUCUGAUUGGUCCAUGUGUUGUGACGUGUGAGUGCGGGAAGCUUUGAUCUUUGUGUGUGGCCUAAAAGCAGCUGACGAAAUGAUGCUGCGAUUAAUAUCAUUCAUUAUCACUUUACACAUUUUAAGAAUACUGUCCCAGUGUUCACAGGCAUCCACGUAUUUGCGUACUUACAAUGAGAAAUUAUGAAUAGUUUUAGCUCUUUAGUUUUAGCCUUUCUUUGUUUGAGACUGCAUAAUGUCAUUCGCACAAAUAACACAUGUUUGAGGAUGUUGAAUCAGAGAGUCGCAAAAGCAAACUGGUUAAAAAGCUGUGAGUUUGGAGCAGAGACGACCACCCACUGAGGCGCAGAGCAGGGGCUGGGGACUGUGGGAGGAGGACGCCAUUGCAGCCGCCGCAACUGGUCCGCUUGUGGAUGAGGAGAGACAAACCAGCCUAAACUUUACUAUGUCGAAGCUAAUCGGGGUUUCUGCCCCGGUACCAAGGACCGGGUCGCACCGAGAGUAACGCACGGAUGGCUUCUCUAGAGCGGAGAACGAGGAGCCCAAAUCAGCCUCACCGUGUCACAUAGGUCCCUGUCCGGACCCCCUCUGACCAUGAACACCAGCAGGAACUGCAGCUCUGUGGCCCAGGCUGAGGGCCUGGCAGUGCUGGAGACCUUCUCCAUUGUUGCCAUCACUCUUCUGGCCUGCCUGGGGAACCUCCUGAUUGUGGUGACUCUUUAUCGGAGGCCUUAUCUGCUCACACCCAGCAACAAGUUUGUGUUCAGCUUGACCCUGUCCAACCUGCUGCUGUCCACACUGGUGCUGCCCUUUGUGGCCGUCAGCUCGGCCAGAAGAGACUGGAUGUUUGGAGUAGUUUGGUGCAACUUCACUGCUCUGCUCUACAUGCUCAUCAGCUCUGCCAGUGUCAUGACACUUGGAGCUAUUGCUAUUGACAGGUACUAUGCAGUGCUCUACCCCAUGAUCUAUCCCAUGAAGAUCACAGGAAACCGGGCUGUGGUGGUCAUCGCGUAUGUCUGGCUGCAUUCUCUGGCGGGCUGCCUGCCUCCUCUGUUCGGUUGGUCUUCUUUUGAAUUUGACUGUUACAAAUGGACGUGCGUUGCUUCGUGGCACAAAGACUUGAGCUACACUGCGUUCUGGGUUGCCUGGUGCAUCCUCCCUCCCUUUGUUGUCAUGCUGGCGUGUUACGGGGUAAUUUUCCGCGUGGCUCGUAUGAAAGCGAGAAAAGUGCAUUGUGGAACAGUUAUUGUGGCGCAGGAUGACUCUGGUGGAGCUCAGAGGAACGGCCGCAAAAACUCCAGCACCUCCACCUCCUCCAACGGGAGCAGGCGCAGUCUUAUCUACGCCGGCAGCCAGUGCAAGGCUUUUGUCACCAUCUUAGUGGUGAUAGGGACCUUCCUUGUGACCUGGGGCCCCUAUGUGGUGGUGGUGUCCAUGGAGGCGCUGUGUGGACAGGGCACCGCGUCCCAGGUGCUGGAGACACUGGUAGCGUGGUUGUCCUUCUGUAGUGCGGUGUGCCAUCCGCUCAUCUACGGCCUCUGGAAUAAAACGGUCAGAAAAGAGCUGCUCGGAAUGUGUUUCGGAGACCGAUACUACAGAGAGUCCUUCGCCACAAGACAGAGGACCUCUCGUCUCUUUAGCAUUUCCAACAGAAUCACAGACCUGGGUAUGUCCCCACACCUCACAGCCCUGUUGGCCGGGGGAGGGCAUCUGUUGGCGCCUGGGAGCAGCACAGGAGACACUGGCUUCAGUUUUACUCAGGACUCAUGUACCGAUGUGAUGCUGCUCGAUCACUUCUCCACGGAUGACUCCUCCCACCUGCUGUCUCAGGGGAGCGUUCCAGGGAAGAGGCGGAGCUCCGUCACCUUUGAAGACCAGGUGGAGCAUUCCAAAGCUGAAAACAACACAUCUUCUGUCCAAGUUCAUGCAGAGGUCCACAAGUCCCUGGACACGUUUGCCUCCAGUUUGGCGAAGGCAAUCGAGAACGACGCUAAACUGACUCUGUUUGGAGAAGGGUUAGUUUUACCCACAGGACUGUUCACCACCAGGGCAGCGCCACGGCCAAGGUACCUGGACGGACAAAGGCUGAGGCUGGAGAGCAUUGACGAAGGAAUAGUUAAAGACGACAAGGAUGAAGAAGGACCCGAAAUGGAGGAAAAAUUCUCCUGAAAAAUUAGGAGGAUUUGACUUUAACCUGCAAAUAGGAAAUUAUCUAUGUUCAGGGUCAUUUUCCCACCAAAUUUAUAUUAUACUUGAAAUUUUUAUCUGUAGAGUAUUUUCAGAAAAUGUUUUUUUUUAUAUAUAAUGGUGGACCAAGUGUCAAUCAAACAUUACAUUUUUUACAUAGGAAACAGCAGCCCACACUACUGUAUACUUGAUUCAUAACUUAUAUUAUUAUAUAGUUCACCAACAUUGUAACACUUUUUCAGAAACUAGGGAUGCAUCGAUACAAUAUUGAAAAAUUAUCUGAAUCUGAUAUCAGGUCAGUUGAUACCCUGGUUGGGCCUUUUAUUGGAUAUAAUUGGAUGUUUACAGGCUGAUUUUGGUCUAGAACAUCUCACAAUAUUAGUAUAAUUUGAAGGGUAAAUACCAGUUGGCUCUCUUGUGUAAUAAUUUAACUGUGUUUUAAGGAAAUAAGUGCCAUUUUCUAUCCCUAAACUGUAUCGAUUAAUAUCUGGUAUCGGCAGAUUCUUAAAGUAAAAGUAUUGAUAUUGGCAUCAGAAUCCAGAAAGCUGGAUCAGUGCAGCCCUAUUAAAAACCUAUUCAGGAAAUGUUUUUGUUUUUUUUUUUAGAUAAUUUUAUGUAUUGAAGACAAACGCUUUAAAGUACGAGUCCAUCUUCUUAGUGUUGUAUUCACUAGUUGUGAUAGGGCUAUUUAUUUCUUCUAAAAAACUUAAUACAGAUGAUGGUACUUUUCUGACCAAAUGGAUCUUGAGGACCAGAGUCAAUUGCUGGACAUUAAUUCCGAGUAUGUACCUGCCCAUUGACUGUGCACAUGCUCAUAACUCUCAUAUUGCACUUUUUGAGGAUACCACUUUUCCCUUUAACAGGACUUUAUUAUGUUGUGGCUUUCAUGUACCGUCCAACAAGUGAAAACUGUAGCUUCUGUGAAGGCUAAAGGAUGCUAUAAGAGUUUUCACGUUUUCUGUGCACUGUUUUAAUCAUUGUACCAGUUUAUCAUAAAGAAAACAUUUUUAUUUGUUUAGCAAUUGUUUUAAGUCUUACCUCAUAUUGUCUUAUUGUA